CAUUUCCCGCGGCCUCUAUCGGUAUUCCAGCAUAUUCCCGCGAAUUCCCCCAAAAAACAGGGGAAAAAAAUCCCUCUUUGGUUCGCCCAAAGCUUCAAACCCUCAUCUCAAUCUCAGCAAUGGCGAAUCCCGAUCACCAGCAGCGCGGCGAGGAAGAGGUCUACUCCGUGUGGGCGAUCCCUCCCGACGAUCUCCGCAACAAGCUUAAGACCCUCAUGGCCACCCUCCGCUCCGAGUUUGGCGGCCCCGAGUUCGACCCCCACGUCACUGUCGUGGGAGCACUCCGACUCUGCCCCGAUGACGCCCUCCGCCACCUCCACUCCGCCGCCUCCUCCCUCGGCUCCUAUUCCGCCCGCGUCUCCUCCGUCUCCCGUGGCUCCUUCUUUUACCAGUGCGUCUAUCUCCUCCUCGACCCCACUCCGGAGGUUCUGAAUGCGAGCUCCCACUGCUGCGCCCAUUUCGGAUACUCGAACUCCACUCCUUAUAUGCCGCAUCUGAGCUUGCUCUAUGGGGAUUUGACUGAAGAGGAGAAGGGGAAGGCGAGGGCGAGGGCUGAGGAGCUCGCAGAGGGUAUAGUUGGUACAACGUUUGAGAUCUCAAAGAUUGGCCUUUUUAAGACGGAUACUCAAGACAAGAGCUUGAAGUCGUGGGAAGAGAUUGCAGUGUGUGAACUGCUGAAAGAUAAGUGAUCUCUUUCACUUGGAGUUGUUAAUGAGAUGUGAUUGUUUGGUGAUGCUUGUUUCUUAUUGGAUAAUGUGUGACUGUUAACCUUUUAGUUUUUGGUGUGAUGUUUGUGACUGUUAGCGGUGAAGUUGUGAGAAUAUGUGCUGUUCAUAAUGAUGCUCUGUGAUUAAUGUAAUUGCUUAUUUAUAGUGUAGUUCAUAUUUCCAAUCGAGUUCUCUUGUCAGAAAGUGGAGCACUAUGGUUUCUACUGAUGCAUUGUCAAACUCAUCAUGUUCUUUAAGAAUGAAAGCAGUGAAAACUGCAAGAUGUUGUGUU